CGUCAUAAAUGGCUGAUGAAGGCCUGCUGAAGACCUGCCGAAGCGGCAAACACGUAGCUGAAAGCAACAAAUAUUGCUUAGUUUCAUUAAUAAAAAGAAAAAUCCAGUAUGUCUAAUGAAGGAGCCAAAAAAAAAGGAAAAGUACCAGGAGACAAAAAACCAACUAAACGGAGAGCAAAGAGGAGGGAAACUUAUGCAGUGUAUAUCUACAAAGUUUUGAAGCAGGUUCAUCCGGACACUGGUAUCUCCAGCAGGGCCAUGAGCAUCAUGAACUCGUUUGUUAAUGACGUGUUCGAGCGCAUCGCUACAGAGGCGUCCCGGCUCGCGCACUAUAACAAGCGCUCCACCAUCACGAGCAGAGAGGUGCAGACCGCAGUCAGGCUCCUGCUGCCCGGGGAACUCGCCAAACACGCCGUGUCAGAGGGAACCAAGGCCGUCACCAAAUACACCAGCUCCAAGUGAUCACCUGAGAGCUGUCCAAGGGGUGGGAAUCUUUUCAACUAAUACAAAAAAUGUAAAGGCCAUGUUUGCAAUCACUAUUCAAUAUUAAUAAAUGCACACAGAAACUUG